CUCAUUUUCGCUGGUUACACUCUAACGCCCACUACCCCGUUGUCACACAAUGGAUGCACCGGUGGAUCCUCCUCUAAAAGCACCUUUUCCUCAACGACCUGGCUCUCGAAUUGGUGACAUGGAUGCCGAUAUCAAGCCCAUUACUGGACCGUCAUCGUCGUCUGUGGCAUCUAGACCAACCCCUCCUCUUCCCCAUCCUGGGCACACCGACAGCCCUCCACCGAAACCAAAGAUCCCGACGCAUGCUACUGGUCCAAAAGUAAAAUCUGGGACGCCGAAGCCAGUGACGCCGACCCCGCGUCCGGGUGACGCUGCCGCAGGACCUCCCUCUGGGCCAAAAUCGCCUGAAGCUGGAAGGCCGUUGAACGUCACGGAUGCGCUGAGCUAUUUGGAUGCAGUCAAGGUCCAGUUCCAAGACAAACCGGAAGUUUACAAUCGGUUCUUGGAUAUUAUGAAGGAUUUCAAAAGCCAAGUCAUCGAUACUCCUGGCGUCAUAUCACGGGUAUCACGACUAUUCCACGGGAAUCCUACACUCAUCGGAGGAUUCAACACGUUUCUUCCUGUUGGGUAUCGCAUAGACGUGUCUGCAGACCCCCUCGAUCCGAACACAAUCACCGUCACUACACCCCAGGGAACGACGACACAAAGUACGAACAAUUUCGGAAUUGCCAGAAUACAGCCACCCCGCGAUAUUCCUGGGUUUGGCCCUAACCUCGCGCAUCCACUUCCGUACCCUCCUGGUAUCCCUCCGCCUCUAUUGCCUCCGCUCGGCUCUCGUUCAAUGACCCCGCAAGCGUACCACCUCUCCCAUGUUCCUCCACAGUUCGAUCCCAAUUUUUCUCCGGGGUUUCACCAAAAUACACAGACGAAUGCGGCCGCGUCGCUUCUAGGGAACUUGAACAACAAGAACGCCGUGGAGAAGCAGCCACCGGGAGAGUUCAACCAUGCGAUCCAGUACUUAAACAAGAUAAAGGCGAAAUAUUCAGAUGUCCCUAACACGUACAAACAAUUUCUCGACAUCCUUCAAACAUACCAGAAAGAGCAAAAGCACACCCAAGAGGUUUACUCCCAAGUCCGGGUCUUGUUCAAGGAUGCUCCCGCAUUGUUGGCGGAAUUCAAAGACUUUCUUCCCGAGGUCGUUCCUCAGAACGGAAUGGUGAUUGUUCCUCAGCCAUCCGGGAGUCAAACGAUGCCAGCGUCACAAGCGUGGAACACCCCCGAUGCAUCAUCAAGCUCUCCCGAUAAAGUCGUAAAGAAACCGGGGCAGCCUUUGAAGAGAAAGAAGCGUGUAGCAGAGAAAGAUACGACUCCGGUCCCUCCAACGAAGAUAGCACCGACCAGGACACUGGGUCACCCUCAUUCUCCCCGUACAUGGGCCCGUCAUCGCCUCAACCCUGCUCACGCUCAUGGGCAUGUACACCCACCGAACGCUCAAUUACCUCCGCCUCCUGUACCUCAUUCUCACCCAAUGCAACCUCCCAUAUCUACCCAUCCCAUUUCAAUGCCAUCCGCCCCCGCAUCUGCAGAUCGCCUUUUAUUCUUUGAUCGCGCCAAGAAGGCCCUAGAAAGCCGAGAGAUAUACGAGGAAUUCUUGAAGCUCCUCAAAGUGUUCUCGAAUGAGGUUAUCGACGUCAAAACGCUGAUUGACCGAAGUCGGGCCUUUCUGGGUGAUGGAGAUCUGAUGGCUGAGUUUAAGGAAUUAGUUGGGUGGGAUCCACGACAAGACAACGUUGAAAAUGGACCCCCUGGGAGUAUCCGAACAGGUCCUCCAGAGGCGUUAUCGGCGCUGCUUGUUGAUGAUGGAGAAGGUCCCAGUUAUCGGAAACUUCCUGACAGCGAGGUACGCCUGGCAUGUUCCGGUCGUGAUGAACUUUGCCGGUCUGUACUCAAUGACGAAUGGGUUUCGCAUCCUACAUGGGCUUCCGAGGAAGCCGGUUUUCAGACUCACAAGAAGAACUCCUUUGAGGAAGCCCUUCACAAGAGCGAGGAGGAGCGACACGAAUAUCAUGUCCAACUGCAGGCUCUCACGGCCACCAUCUCAGUUUUAGAGCCACUCUGCGCGCGAAUCGAGGAGAUGUCUAGUGAGGAUCGGUCGUCGUUCAGGCUUAAGCCAAAUCUUGGUGGGUCGGGACGGUGUCUGUACGAACGCAUCAUCAAGAAGAUCUACGGUCGCGACCACGGCAUAGAAAUUAUGAGAGCGCUGCAAGAAAAUCCUGGUGUUGCAGUGCCAGUUGUUCUUACCCGGCUCAAGCUAAAGGACGAAGAAUGGAGACGGGCACAGCGUGAAUGGAGUCGGACUUGGCGCGAGGUUGAUUCGAAGAACUUCUAUAAGUCUCUGGAUCAUCAGGGGAUCAGCUUCAAAGCGAACGAUAAAAAGAACAUCACUGCGAAGCACUUCGUUGCCGACAUUGAGGCAAUUAAAGCUCAGCAGACUGCCGCCGGGUCACAAGACCUCAUCCCUACAUUUGCAAAAGGCUCCGUUGGGCCACAACUUGAAUAUUCUUUCGAGGAUACUGUCGUUUUACAUGACGCCCUGAAAAUGAUCUUUUCGUUUUUAGAUCGCUCACAGGGCCAGUACAGCCAGCCUGAGCGAAGGAGUGUGGAGAAGUUUCUCCGGACUUUUGUGCCAGUCCUGUGCAUGUACCCACUGGCUGAGUUUAACGACGCGUGCGGACCUCCAGACGGCAUUCUUGAUGAUGCCCAUGAACAUGGCGACGGGAGCAGAGGUGGCAGGAGAUCAACAGGCAGCGUCUAUUCUGUUUACUCCAAUGGUAUCGUUGCGGAAGACUUGCGGAAGAAACUUCUUCGAACCGUGCAGGAGAGGACAUCUACUGGAAACCCUAGGGGAUCGAUGUCAGCAGUAGGAUCCCGUGCCCCAUCGCCUGCUUCGGGUCGUCGUUCACCCUCUGUUCGGCAAGACGAGCAGAUCAAUCGAGUGCCGCCUGAAGAUAUUUGGAUCAGGGAGACUGCUGCAACUGGUCUAGCCUCUGAUCACAUCGCUAAUGGUGGUGAAUCGGAUCGGCCUUUUUUUGCGAACACAACGUUCUAUACAUUACUACGUCUAUUGCAGCUGUUGUACUCUCGCCUGCUGAUGUGUAAGGAAGUUGGACAGCAGCUUAUAGCAGACAAGCAUGCGCAGCUGAAGGCUAACCCCGUAGCUGUUCAGUUGGGCCUGGAUGAUCCGAAUGGACCCGCGACGUUACUCACACAAACUCAGGACGUUCUGAACGCCCGGGAGGACGCUAAUGUCGCUUACAUGUAUCUUUUAGAUGCAUGCGAUAAAGUAUUCUCGGGGGAGCUAGAUCAAAUUACAUUCGAAGAACACAUGAGAUGGUUUUUCGGAAAGAAGGCUUAUCACUUGUUUACGAUGGACAAGCUGAUUACCGCCUUGGUGAAACAGGUCCAGACGAUUAUUGGUGACGUUAAGUGCCAGGAGUUAUGGUCGUUGUUGCAGAGCGCGCAACAUACGAACUCAAUAACUAAUCAAGACGUUAUUCGUUAUCGACGGGAAGCUGAGAGACAUGUUGGUCAAGACGACCAUCUCUAUCGAAUUCAGUGGGUGCGAGGGACAAAAAUGAUUCGUGUACAGCUCAUGGCCGCCGAAGACCCGAGUGUCGAGGAUGGCAAGGACGCUGUGUCCCGCUGGCGCGAGUAUGUGAACACAUAUGUGAUGCGCCAUCCCACGGAAUGGAUUCCCAUGGACAAAGAGACAAGUAACAGGAUGUUUCUCGCAAGGUCGAUCCGGCAUUCGGCAGAUGGCACAGCCGUUUCAGGAGAAGGAAUGCUGAGUGUACGAAUUAGUAUACCAACGUACAAAAUCGUGUACGAGGGAGGGUCAGAAGAGGCGCUGUUUGCUUGUUCGAUGAGUAGCUCGUUGAUAGAGCGGGCACGCGCCAGGGAGGAGGAACGGAGGAAGAGUCCGUGGCUGCAAUGAGUGCCGUAUAGGGGAUUCUAUUUAUAGGUAUUCCAAUUUGCAGAAAAGGAAUUUAAUCGAUAGGUGUAAUUUUAGGAUAAUAAUCGGAAAUGGCCAGAUAAGGGCAAAAGGCUGAGUUUUGGACGAAAAUGGAGGGCUCGGUUUUGCGCUGU